AUGGUGUUGCCGGUGAUGUUAAUGGUUGUGGGGACAGUGGUGAUAAAAGUAGUGGAAGUAGUUGCAGUGUUGAUUGCCCUAGGUUGUGGUGAUAUUGGUAUUGGUGGUUGUGUUGGCGUUUCUGGGGUCCACGGGGGUGGAAGUACUUCGGGGGGGGGUACUGGAGAUAAUUGUGUUGGUGCUAGUAUUAAUGGUAUUGGUAGAGGUUUUAAUGUUAGUGGUAUUGAAUGUAGUGGCGGUUGUUGUGCUAGCGGCGGUGAUAGUUUUGGUAGGUAUAGUAAUGGUACAUGCAGUGAUGGUUACGGUAGUUGUACUGGUGGUAUUGAAGGCUCUGAUACUGGUAUUGAUUGUUGUAUUACUGGUAUUAACACAUGUAACGGUAGUAGUAUUGGUGUUUCUUAUGGUGGCAUUAGUGAUUCUGGUGACAAUGGUCGUUGUGGUGUUGGCAUUACAGGUUUAGUCUGUGGCGGUUGUUGUGUUUCGAA